AUGGGUAGUGCUUCUGAGCAGAGGGGUUUGCUGGAGGCUUUGGAACCUCCACAUCACAUGGAGAGGUUGGGAAUUUGCGAUUAUGAAGGAGAUAAGCCAGCGUGGUAUUUGGACACCAACUAUGUGGAGCUGCGGAUGCUAUGCCUGGAACGUUGCCCAACCUUGUGUGCAACAGUGAUAGGAAUUAAAUCAUUGGAAGAAUUAGAGGUCAGCGAAUGCCCAACAUUGUGUGAAUUGAUGAGGAUGCCUUUGCUGAAGUCCUUGAAGGUUUGGAAUUGUGAUGGGCUCAACACAAUUGGUGACUUGCCUGCCCUCAAGCCGUCGACUGUGUGCAGAUGUGAAAGGCUGAAGCCUUUCGCUAACAUGGCUGCAUUGAAGUUGUUGGAUGUGAGCCUUUGUCCUAGGCUAGAGCAAGUAUCUGAUGAUCACAUGCCAGCUUUAAUGAGGUUGAAGCUGUGGGGCCUGGACAUUUUGAAGCAGCACCCUACUCACCUUCCUUCACUUGAGGAACUGGUAGUACUGUAUUUGCCCAACUAG